CUUCCGGGCCACGAUUAGGACUGCCCCCUAAGGGCGGAUCUCGAGCGCUAAUUAGCUGUCAUAGACGGCUUAGAAGAAAGUGGCUCCGCCCAUCCGCGUCCCAAGACUGGCUGGGCCAUGGCGGUCCAGGCCCUGCGGGAGGAGUUGGACUCCAAGUGCUUACAGCUGCUCAGUGACCUGGAGGAGCUGGAGGCGAAGCGGGCGGCGCUGAACGCCCGGGUGGAGGAGGGUUGGCUCUCGCUUGCUAAGGCUCGCUAUGCCAUGGGAGCCAAGUCGGUAGGACCCCUGCAGUAUGCCUCGCGUAUGGAGCCCCAGGUCUGUGUGCGUGCCAGUGAGGCCCAGGAUGGACCCCAGACCUUCAGGGUGAUCAAGGCUGACGCCCAGACUCCCGAGGAAGUGGGCCCUAGCGAAGCAUCUCUGCGCAGGCGCAAGGGCCCUACCAAGACCAAGGAGGCAGGCUCUUCUGUAGUUCCUCAAGAUCCCUUGAACUGGUUUGGAAUCUUGGUUCCUCAUAGUCUGCGGCAGGCCCAGGCCAGCUUCCGGGACGGCCUGCAGCUGGCUGCAGACAUAGCCAGUCUCCAGACUCGCAUCAACUGGGGUCGAAGUCAGCUCCGAGGCCUCCAGAAAAAACUGAAGGAGUUGGACCCUGGGCCUGCCUGACCUGCAUCUACUUUGCGAGGCACUGAGCAUAGCCAUCAUGGAUGCUACCACCUUACCUCAGGCCUUUUUCUUUUAUAAACAGCCCCUGGCUCAGCUGAUGCCCCUCCUACAAAUGUCCUUAGUCUGCAUAGUUUCCAGCUUUUUGAGGCAUGAAGUUGAGUUGUGAAGUUUGAUGAAGCAAGCUGAGCAGUGUUGAGAGCAACUUGUUCUAGGUCAGCGGUCUCAGGGCCUUCCUCCCUGGGGCUAGACAGGGACUAGUGGAUUACCUUGCAUCAGCCAGCUGGGACAAUGACACCCUGCAGGAACGGUGACUGGGAAGAAAGGGAGUGUGGAAACUUAAGGGAGAUCAGGACAAUUCCAGUCAAUAAAAAUACCUCUGGGCAUGGCAGCACACCCCUGUAGUUCCUGCAACUCUAGAGGCUGAGGCAGGAGGAUCACUUAAGCCUUGGAAUGACAGACUAACCUGGGCAACAGACCUUUAAAGUCGAUAGACAGGACAGCACAUACACACAUACUCUGGGGUUUACCAGAAUACCUAGCAGGAAAGAUUACUUCUGUUAUAAAGGUAAAAACGACUGGCAUUCUUGGGGGAAUGAAUUGCGGAGACCUUCCUGACUGCAUUUCCUUUACUGAGGUGAGACCCAGCCGCUUGGCUGAAGGUGUGCUCUCUCAUCUGGGAGCUGUGUCUCGCUUCACUUUUUUCCCGGAGCCUUUCCCAGUUGGGAAGGGGAAUGUAAUAGUUUGUGGGGUGUAAAUGUUUCUUCCAAAUUUGUUUAUUUUGCUUAUAUUGGUUUUUCUACUUACAAAUUGUAAAAACACAAACUUGUACAGAAAAUUUGAAUAAAAUGAAAGCUACAGUAACUGUCA